UCCCCUGCAAACUGAACAGCAUGGCACAAAGCGCCUGGAACCAUCUUCUGCUAAAACUUUGAUGGAUAUAGGCACUCGGAAGAUCUUCACAUCCGACCAUGAUAUGUUCAGGGAGAGUGCCAGGAAGUUCUUUCAGGAGGAAGUGCUGCCUUUUCACGCAGAAUGGGAGAAGGAUGGCCAAGUGAGCAGGGAGCUGUGGGAAAAGGCUGGACAUCAGGGUUUGCUGGGUGUUGCUAUCGCAGAAAAGCAUGGAGGUAUCGGAGCAGAUAUUCUUUCUUCAGCCAUCGUCUGGGAGGAGCAGAUGUAUGUUAACUGUACAGGCCCAGGGUUCAGCCUUCACUCAGAUAUAGUCAUGCCCUACAUUGCAAACUAUGGCACUGAAGAACAGGUUAAACGCUUUAUCCCCCAAAUGAUUGCAGGAAAGUGCAUUGGAGCCAUCGCCAUGACAGAGCCUGGGGCUGGCAGUGAUUUACAGGGAGUACGGACAUAUGCAAAAAAAGAUGGAAGUGACUGGAUUCUUAAUGGCAGUAAGGUGUUCAUCACCAAUGGUUGGAUGAGUGACGUGGUGAUCGUGGUUGCAGUUACAGACCGGGAGGCCCGAUCCCCUGCCCAUGGCAUCAGCCUCUUUCUGGUGGAAAAUGGAACCAAAGGGUUCAUCAAAGGACGCAAGCUGAACAAAAUCGGCCUGAAAGCUCAAGACACAGCAGAGCUGUUUUUCGAAGACGUGCGGUUGCCAGCCAGUGGCUUGCUUGGAAAAGAGAACAAAGGCUUCUAUUAUCUGAUGGCAGAGCUCCCUCAGGAAAGGCUGCUAAUUGCUGAUAUGGCUCUUGCCAGUUGUGAAUUCAUGUUUGAAGAAACAAGGAAUUAUGUGAAGCAGAGAAAAGCUUUUGGGAAGACAAUUGCACACUUGCAGACUGUACAGCACAAGCUGGCUGAAAUAAAAACUCAGAUUUGUGUGGCCCGAGCUUUCCUGGACAACUGUUUGCAGCUGCAUGCGGAGAAACGCCUGGACUCAGCCACAGCCUCCAUGGCUAAGUACUGGUGUUCUGAUCUCCAAAACAGCAUAGCUACUCAGUGUGUGCAGAUGCACGGAGGAUGGGGGUACAUGUGGGAGUAUCCAAUUGCAAAAGCUUUCGUGGAUGCCCGUGUUCAGCCAAUCUACGGUGGCACCAAUGAAAUAAUGAAAGAACUUAUUGCUAGAGACAUUGUCAGUGACAAGUAGGGCAGAUGCUUACUACUUUGGAGAGUCUCCCAGAAACUUUUUAUGUGUUAAUAUGUGACAUAAAAUCAGACAUCUGAAUGUAAGUGAAAUAAACGCGAUAUAUGAUA